CUUCUAGAGAGUCGUGUAGGUUUUUCUUAUUUUGCUUUUAAAAGCCACUUGGUGGCGGCUUUCGCUUGAACCUGCGGCGUUUGAAUGUUCGCUCUUUUUUUGCGCUCUCUUUUUUCCUUUCCCACAAACCACAAACCACAAACCACAAACCACAAACCUUUUACGACGCUCCUCGAUAAGGAAAUACAAAGAACCUGGGAAUGGAGAAGCAGACGAUAGCCGACCGAUACUUGAUCGCGUGAGAUGCCCCGCGGACUCAACCACCAUGGGCAGUCUCUGACGCCGCUGUACCCGGACCUGCACAAGGGCUUGAUUGCUGUGACGGUGCUGGCGUUUAUCUCAUUUCUGGCCUCCCUUGCUUUGUUUGGCUAUUUGACAGUCAAACUGGUGAAAUGGUACCUGAUUGUCGCCAAGACGCCCGUCGAGCAAGAUAGCGUCGCGCUCGACUCGGUGGACUCGGCGCCGACAAACCAGCAAGCCGACGACUUUAAGCUCGGUAUUGAUGGCAUCUUUUCAGACAAUGCAAGCUCGGCCGGCGGUGCCAGCAGCACGGCUCGCAGACAGCGGCGAUGCAGAGGCGCCCCCAAUCAAUCGCUUCUUCUUAUAUAUAACUUGGUCCUAGCAGACCUCCUUCAGGCCACGGCGUUCAGCCUCAACGCAUCGUGGCUUUUCCGAAACGGCAUCAUCGUGGGCACGGCCACCUGCUUCACGCAGGGACUGCUAGUGUCCAUUGGAGACCUCGCAUCGAGUGUCUUUAUCACGGCUGUUGCCAUCCACGCCUACCUUUCUAUUAUCAAACAGUACCAGCCCAAACAACGGACGCUGUACAUGACGAUUGCAUUAUUAUGGAGUUUUGUUAUUUUAAUCUCGACCCUGCCUAUUGCCGUAACCAGAAACGGCGCUGACAAUGGCGGCUACUUUGUUCGAGCUGUUGCUUGGUGCUGGGUCAACGAGCAAUACCAGACCUUACGAUUAGCCACCCAUUACGCAUACGUAUUCCUGGGCCUCUUCACCACCUCAGUCGUCUACACGACCAUCUACUUCAAACUCCGUUAUCGCAACUCACGACAAGCAAAGACCUAUACCGCCGACGGCCCCCUCACGACCACGCAAAACAGUUACGCUUUCCUUAUAUACCCCAUCAUUUAUGUUACUUGCACGCUUCCCAUUGCUAUUGGCCGUAUUAUUUCGAUGUCCGGCACACGGAUACCCGUCGAAUACUUUUGUUUUGCUGGAGCCAUGAUUGCAUUCAACGGAUUCUUCGAUUGCUUAUUAUAUACCACGACACGCAACUCCAUCAUCUUUUCCUCUGUGAGGGAAAUGGAUAUGCAGGAUACUGGCCUCUCGACAUUUACUUUUCUCACACCGCCUGCCAGACAGUUUGGCAACGUGAUAUCCGUUGAGACGGCCAAGAGAAAGAAGCGCCGCGAUGAAAAUGGAAAGAAGAAGGCCAACGCUUGGCAAUUUUUAGAUGACCAAGCAGAAUUCGGGUGCGCGCCCCAAAACAGUAUACACUUGGAUUUUAUCACCAGUGUUGUCAUAGAGCGGCAGCAAGCCAGUCUGGGCCGAUCAUAGAGCCUGCAAGAGCGUUGACUCUGAGCAGUAUGCACAGGCUACAUAUACAUUAAUAUAUACAUUACUAUAC